AUGGCGGCCGCGAUGCGCACUUGCGUUGUGCGCAUGCGCGGGCGGCCGCGGUUACUGCGGGUCGCCGGGACCGCGACCGUCAGCGGUACCCGUGCGUGGGGGGAGAAACCCCAAAGGGGAGAAGGCGGCAAGAGGAGACACAAAUGGUCGGGAAAUAAACAAACCGACCGGAGGUAGGAGGGGGGGGGGGAGGCAGGGAAGAUAGAGAGGGGAACCAAUGAGGGCAAAGACCCAAAAGACUGAACUAGAACAAGGAAAAAAUACACAAUAAACCCUGAGGGGAAAAAGAAAACAUUUAAAAACCAAGUUACUGAAAAACCAAGCUAGUAACUGACAGCAACAGAGGAAGGAGAAAUUUUUUUUACUUAUCAGAGGCUGCAGCAGCAAAAGAAAGAGGAGUGGCUUAGGGUCACAUGGGACUUUGUGGUAAUGGGGACACUCUGAUUGGUUCAGAUGUGGUAUCUGAUUAACCCUUUAGAGUAUGAUGUGGUGUUGUUGAACUGUUUUUUCCCUUUUUGCAUUGAAUAUAUAUACUAUAUUUCUUUUGCUGCUGAAGAAUAAAAGAAAGAGAGAAGCAUAACAGGAGCCUCCGUGUCCUUUAUAAAAUCCAAGGUUGCCAACUCCCCUCCUGAACAGAAUCCUUUUAAAGAAACGUAUCUGUUGUUUUUAAGGAAAGCACAUCAGAUAUGAAGGUAAAUAAAGUCACAAUCUAUCUGUAGCCACAUUCCCUGAUAUAUAUUGGAUUAAAAAGAAAGUGGUAGUAGUGGUUUAUAUGUAGUAGAUAGUUUAACAAUAUUUCUCUCUCAGGUCAUGCUGGCAUCAUGGACCCGGACUAAACAGCUUGUGGCCAUGAAAGUGAUGGAGAAAGGCGCAGUCCUGACAACCAGCAUUCUCAAGGAGCGCCGUACUCUUGAAAUUGCCGGAGGAUGUCCAUUACUCUGUGACUGCUUUUCAGACCCAGGUACAGAAUUGUUUAUCUUUAUUUCCAGAGCCUUUACUAUUGUAUCUGUAUAAAACCAAAAAUCACUAUUCCUCUGCCCUAUUAAUAUCGGAGCCCUAGUGGUGAAUCGACAAGUCAAUUACACAUUUUAAGAUAAAAUAGUCCAAUAAAGAACAUGGCUACUUUUGUGUUUUUUGAAAUUACCUUGUCACUUCCUGAUUGCCAUUUUGUUUAAACCUUAUAGUAUAUAAUUUUUAUCAAAUCUUAUAUACACACACACACACACACAUCUACAUCACUGGACUAAUACGGCUACAAUCUCUACUUAUAUAUAUAUGAUAGUUUUCAUGAAACCUUUUUUUUUUAAUCAGGUUUUAUUCAGCUGAAAUUGUCCAUGAGACAUUCCUUAUUAUGUUUUUCCUUCAUUGUUCUUUUCUGUCACUAGUGGGAGCUACGAUCCUCUCACUGCAAUGCUGUCUCCUUUCUUUCUGUGUCUAUUAGCUGUAUUUGUUCUGUCUAUUCUCCCUCUACUCUCCAGUUAACCCAGUAACUCCCACAACCCACUGCUCUGUCCCUUGCCACACUAUUUAUCAACUUUCAAUUCAGAAACACUUACAUUUGUUCCUUAUCUGCACAUUUUAGUGACCUAAAGCCUGAUAACAUCUUGCUUGAUGGAGAUGGACAUGUAAAACUUGCAGACUUUGGUUUGGUGGCUGAAAACAUGCUAAAGGGCCAAAAAACCACAGACAAAACUGGCACUAUGUAUUACAUGGCCCCAGAGGUAAGUCAAUAAACAUUUAUUUCUAACAUUUUAAUGUGCCAUGUAAAGUUUCUUGUUUAUUACUUUAGAUGAUUUUAACCCCUUAAGGACACAUGACAUGUAUUACAUGUCAUGAUUCCCUUUUAUUCCAGAAGUUUGGUCCUUAAGGGGUUAAAGUAUUAACCAUGGGGGCGGAGCCUGGCAGUCAGGCCAAGCAGAUGUAUCUGAGCAGGGCUUCUCACCCAAUUUUAAAUAUAAUGAUUAAACUGCGGUUUCAAACCUUGACUUCGUAAUUAAUUACGUUGGUGCCCCGUCUACCCCCCCCUCUGGCCCGGUUGGGGUUAUCCCGGUCCACACUGGAAUAGCAGGCAAACCCAGGACACUGGGCCCGAAGUGGACUGCACAAAAGCAGGGCUACUAUAACACAAGAUAAACGACACUCCUGUAGCCAAGCUCUUGAUGGAGGCCAAGGAUCGGCAAUGGAAGGCAGUCUCUGACACCAUGUGCAGACAGUCCUGGUGCAUCCAGGAGACAAAGAUACAUCACUUACAUAUUACAAUUCACUUAGAAUGACGUUAAAAAAAAAAAAAAAUAUAUAUAUAUAUAUAUAUAUAUGCACAUAUACACACACACACACUGGACAAAAUUUUAAACGCAAAAAAAUUUCCCCCCAUUUUUCAUGAGCUGAACUCAAAGAUCUAAGACUUUUUCUACAUACACAAAAGGCCUAUUUCUCUCAAAUAUUGUUCACAAAUCUGUCUAAAUCUGUGUUAGUGAGCACUUCUCCUUUGCUGAGAUAAUCCAUCCACCUCACAAAUGUGGCAUAUCAAGAUGCUGAUUAGACAGCAUGAUUAUUGCACAGCUGUGCCUUAGGCUGGCCACAAUAAAGGGCCACCCUAAAAUGUGCAGUUUUAUCACACAGCACAAUGCCACAGAUGUUGCAAGUUUUGAGGGAGUGUGCAAUUGGCAUGCUGACUGCAGGAAUGUCCACCAGAGCUGUUGCCCAUGAAUUGAACUUUCAUUUCUCUACCAUAAGCCGUCUCCAAAGGCAUUUCAGAGAAUUUGACAGUACGCGGUGCGCGAGGGAGCUGAAGAGGAAGCACUCAGGGGAGAGUGCUCCCACGCGCACCCACCCGCCUGCCGGGUGUCAGCAGGACCGGCCGCCCAGGAGCCCAGCAGCACCACUGGACCCCAGGAAAUCCCCUCAGCUCUCCAAAAGGUAAGGAGGCUGGGGGGAUUCAAUUUAAAAAAAUGUGUGUGUGUUAGUGUUUGUGUGUGUGUUAGUGUUAGUGUGUGUGUUAGUGUGUGUGUCUGCUAGUGAGUGUCAUUGAGCUGAUGUGAUCUGGGUGUCUGUAGUGGUCCUUUAAGUGUGUGUGCAUACCGCGGUCGCAGGGUUGCAGCCCUGUGACCAGGUGCCCGCCGCCAUGUGUUGCGGCCCCGACCCACGCCGAGUAAGUGCAGGGGGGGCCACGAGUCAGUUUUCGCACCGGGGCCCCAUGGGUCAUGUGUACGCCACUGUGCACGGCCCCAUGUUGCAAGGAUCUGUACACAAUUCCUGGAAGCUGAAAACAUCCCAUUUCUUGCAUGGCCAGCAUUCUCACCGGACAUGUCACCCAUUGAGCAUGUUUAGGAUGCGCUGGAUGGGCGUAUACAACAGCGUAUACGACAGGUCCUGCCAAUAUCCAGCAACUUCGCACAGCCAUUGAAGAGGAGUGGACCAACAUUCCACAGGCCACAAUAAACAACCUGAUCAACUCUAUGUGAAGGAGAUGUGUUGCACUGAGUGAGGCAAAUGGUGAUCACACCAGAUACUGACUGGUUUUCAGACCCCCUGGAUUCUCCCAAUACAGUAAAACUGCACAUUUUAGAGUGGCCUUUUAUUGUGGCCAGCCUAAGGCACACCUGUGCAAUAAUCAUGCUGUCUAAUCAGCAUCUUGAUAUGCCACACCUGUGAGGUGGAUGGAUUAUCUCGGCAAAGGAGAAGUGCUCACUAACACUAAUGUAGACAGAUUUGUGAACACUAUUUGAGAGAAAUAGGCCUUUUGUGUACCUAGAAAAAGUCUUAGAUCUUUGAGUUCAGCUCCUGAAAAAUGGGGGCAAAAACAAAAGUGUUGCGUUUAUAAUUUUGUUCAGUGUGUAUAUAUAUAUAUAUAUAUAUAUAUAUAUAUAUAUAUAUAUAUAUAUAAUUUUUUAUAUAUAAAAGAAAUCAGUAAAUUGAAGGAAAAAAAUUAGAUACCUUUUGUAAUUUUGUUCCAACUGUAUUUUGAUAUUUAUAUAUAUAUAUAUAUAUAUAUAUAUAUAUAUAUAUAUAUAUAAAAUCAAAAUACAUUUAGAAUGACAUAAAUAUAUGUAAAUCUAAUCUAUAAACAUAUACUUAGCUAUAUAUAAAGAAAAUUGAUUUUAAAAAUUAUAUAUAUAUUUAAUUUCUGCGUAUAUAUUUGAGUAAUAUUUUUACAUAAUUAAGUAAUUUUAUUAAUUACAAUUUGAGGGAAAUGCCUAACAACCCAGACAGAAAGCCCAGCAAAUUUGGUUCGCAACUCCCAUAUUUAACCCUGUUACUUUUGAAGACACCAUAAAACCUGUACACGGGGGGUACUGUUUUACUAGUGAGACUUCGCUGAAUACAAGUAUUAAUUUUCAAAACAGUUAAACCUAUCACAACAAUGAUAUUGUCAGUGAAAGUGACAUUGUGUCAGGAUUACUGUAUGAUCCAGCACGUAUAAUUGUGUAACACAGGAGACUAAUAGGUAAUGUAUACCGGGCCUUAGAAUGGCCGGACUAACGUACCAAAGAAUAGCCAGAGGAAUAGCCAAGGUCAGGGGACACAGAAAGGGACACAACAAUAAAGAAAAGCCAGAGGUCAGGGAUACCAGAAAACAGGGAAGUCAAAAUCAAAGCCAAAUAACCAGAAUAAGGAAUGCGAUCUCGGACAACCACUAGGGAAACCACGACAGGGCAAUGAGUGUCAAGUAUAAUGAGGUUUAAAUACUUGUUCAAGUCUUCUGAUUGGCAGAAAUCAGUCUUUGGCCCCAAAACAUGUGUGCGCCAACGUCGUCAAUCACGUAAGCGGACGCGGGGGUAUUGUGCCCUGGAUCCGCAGCGGCCGGCGUCCAUUAACAUGCCUCAAGUGUCAGUCAUGCAUACGCGCGGCCGCUGGGUGCAGAGACCGCAAGGUCAGGAAGAGUAUGUUACACAUUGUUUGCAUUUUUUACACACAAUCGGCACUUUUACUGAUGAUAUCAUUGUUGUGAUACUUUUACUGUUUUGAAACACUAAUAUUUUGGUUCAAUGUAGUCUUCCGAGUAUAACAGUACCCCCUGAUGUACAGGUUUUAUGGUGUUUUCAAAAUUUACAGCGUCAAAUAUAAGGCUUGCAUUUAACUUUUUUCACAUUGAAAUUCGCCAGGUUGGUUAUGUUGCCUUUGAGACCAUAUGGUAACCCAGGAAUGAGAAUCACCCCCAUGAUGGCAUACUAUUAGCAAAAAUAGACAACCCAAGGUAUUGCAAAUGGGGUAUGUCCAGUCUUUUUUAGUAGCCACUUAGUCACAAACACUGGCCAAAAUUGGUGUUCAAAUUAGUUUUUAGAAUUUUUCACACACAAACAAAUAUGAACGCUAACUUUGGGCAGUGUGUGUGACUAAGUGGCUACUAAAAAGAACUAGACAUACUCUAUUUGUAAUACCCUGGGUUGUCUUAUUUUGAAAAUGGAAUGCUAUCAUGGGGGUAGUUCUUAUUCUUGGGCUACUGUACAGUCUCAAAGGCAACAUAAGGAGUCUGGCAAAUUUCAAUGUGUAUAAACUGAAAAAUGUAGCUUUCCAAAACACAAUAAAACAUGUACACUGUACAUAGGGGGUGCUGUUUUACACUUGAGACAUCGCUGAAUACAAAAUAGAGUAUUUUAUUGCAGUAAAAGCAAACAGUUUUAUGACAUUCACAGUUAAAAUGUCAUGUAGAACUAAAAAAAUAACAAAAUUUCUUACUUUCUCACAUAUUUUUAUAUUGUUUUCAUAUUAAGUUAUGUUUCAUAGCUAAAUACUUGAUGUGAAAUUAAAGAUCUCUUUCUCCUGAAUAAAAUGAUAUAUAAUAAGUGUGGAUGCACUUAAUAUGAAAGAGGUGAUCAGAACAUUUACAAUUGGCUCCAUCCUUAAAGAGUUAAUGGAAGAUACGCCACUGUAGGUUAGUGAGUGUCCUUUAUUACACCAUGAAAAGAACCCAGCCAGAUUACAACGUAAAGUUGAGAUUACAGUUAUUAAUCUGUGAAUUCAAGUUAGUUCACCAGGGAUUGCAAAUUUACAGUCAAGAUAGCUAAACUGGGGGGCAGAGCUAGCUGCGGACCAGCAAAGACGCAUGGUGAACAGCUCCGUACCAAAAUAAAUAAAACACCUAAAUAAUCGGCGGAAUUUGGGCACCUACCUUUCCCAAACCUUACCCACCAGUUGAGAAGAGGAUAAUGGGCAAGAAAAAAAAAAAAACGAGGCCGGACAAAACCCCUCUCAGCCACGACAUCGGCGAACUCCUGCGGAACUCACAGAAGCCCGCAUGGGAGAAAAUGGUGCAGGGGGAAGACGAGUACUCCGACUCCUCCGGAGACUUCUACCCAGACCUGGAGAAGGUGCUUCAAUAAACCAGCCCACAGGGCUCAAGACCAAAGCACCCCUAGCAGGAGAACCUUGCUCACAGCAGCCUUGCUGACACAAAUGUUCACAGAACUCAGGCAGGACUUAGCUGCAUACUUCAAAGAGGCCAUUGAGGGGGCUACCACGAGGCUUACCCAUUUGGAGGCCAAAGCAAACUCCCAAGACACACGCCUACAUAACCUGGAACAAAGAAUGUCAGACCUCCACAGACAACAGCUGGGCACAGCAGAGAAGGUUGAGGCCCUGGAAGACCACAGAAGAAGAAACAAUUUAAAGGUAAGAGGGGUACCUGAUGACAUAGAGCAGCCGACCUCCCACACUACGUGAGGUGCCUAAUAGCAACAUUACUGCAACCCAAACAGGCCAAACUCAUGAAGAUAGACAGACUGUUCCAUCUGCCCAAACCGACAAAUGCACCCCCAACCGCUACGGCUGACAUUAUUGUAAAAUUCCAAACCCUUCAAGACAAGACCGCUGUCCUGGCAGCGACCCAAGGGAAAACCCCUCUAUCAUUUGAGGACUCUCAAUUAUUGCUGUUCCCUGACCUAACGAGAAGUACACUAAGCUGGCGCAAAUUGCUUCAACCAAGCUUACAACUCCUGAGAACCAACAAUAUCCAGUACCGAUGGGGCACACCGCAGCUCAUCACAUUCAGCUUCAAAGGGACAGCAUACCGGGCAAGAAGCCCACAAGAACUAUACACUCACCUGGGCCAACUGGGCCCGAAGGCACCGCAAUCGAAAUCCACGACCACCUCAACCAGGCUGGAUCCCACCACUGCAAAGGAAUUUAUACUCAGGGCGUCUCGAUGAGCUACACCAGCAGACAACGCAACCUGAGCAAACUACACUGAAUGGAUGACUUUCCAUCCUCUUGGUUGCCACCAAAAUCCGUGACUAUAACUACCGAGUUACAAUUGUGUUUUUCUUGCUUAAUGGUUACAACUCUAGCAUAUCGCUAUAGAGACCAUGACCCUUAACUUUAGGAACCCAGCCGUAUUGGAGUGAAAUGAUGUUACACCUUAUUCAGAGUUUUGUUUUUGUUUUUUUUCUUCUUCCUCUCUUCUCUUUUUAUGUUUAAUUAUCAUGCAGCCAGAGAUAAACGUGCCUGCAGAUAACGUGGCUACAGAACAGAAAGGCCCACCCUGGCACUGGCUCUGACUCCAUCCCCCCUCCCCCCCGCACUACUUAAGCUAGGAUAGGAGAAUUCACUGAUGUAAAUCCCCGGAGGGGGCUCUCUUCCCCCUGGAGCACUUAAGCCUACGUGAGAUAUACUGGUAUUUUUCUAACUAAACUUUACUCAUGUGCCCAGAGGGUCAUAUUCAUGUGGUAUUAUAAUGUUGACUAACCCGUUUCUAAAAACACUAAAACCCACUCAGCAUGAGACCCUGUACUAGACAUCAACUAUGCAUCUAUUAUUGUGUGUGAACUAUAAGGGUGACCGCCCACAUUGUAUGUUGUAUUUCUAUUUUAACAUGCUGAGUGACUAAAAUAAAGAAUUUAAAAUAGAAAAUAGCUAAGCUGGAGAGUUUUCAAUUUCAGCUAUUUUUAUAUACCGGAUAUAAAUAAACCUUCCUUCUACAGGUACUGGCAGAUGGAGAAUACGAUGCAGCAGUGGACUGGUUGGCACUGGGCAUUAUAAUCUGUGAAAUGCUGACUGGAGAUCACCCAUAUGACACUGUCCUAUCCUCCGAGGAGUUUAGACACACAGUCAUAAUGCGUAAACCCGACUACCCAGACUGGGUCACCACCGAAACUAAGGGCAUGGUGUCUAAGGUGAGUAUCUAUACCAGUUAUCAGCUUUAAGGGACUGGUCUACAGAGAGCAGGGGAACUUGUUACACUAGGAAAAGACAUUUAAAGGAUGCUCAAUGGGGAGAUAGUGUUAAAGUAAAUAAAAAGUGUAAUAGGACAUUAAGAUUUUAUAAUUUCUCGUUAGGUUGCCCAAAAAGAAGUUAAAAUGAUCCAUAUGUCUUUCUAG